CAAAUUGCGCGAUAAUUUUUCAUAUUGCAAAUUUAGCGCGGUAAUUAAAUACUUCUCAUUAUAAAUCUUGUCAAUUUUUUACGUCAAAUAACGAGAUGAUUUUUCAUAUCGCACGUGUAGCGCGGUAAUUAAAUUAUUUCUCAUUUAAUAAAUAAUUCGUCGAUUGAUGAUCGUGUCCUGGCGAAGGACAGGAAAAAAGCUUUUGUUUUCUUUCACUUUUUUACAUAAAUUUAUUAACUCUAAAUUAAAAUGAAUUUUUCGUGUAAAUUCAAAUUAAAUCUGCAGUUCUUCGUAAUCUUCGUGACUUUAAUUUUCCGUCACAUAACUCACGGUAAUUAAAUCGCAGAUUAAGCUUUUCCGCGUAAUGAAAGGAUUUAUCGUGCGGGGUCGCGACGCACGAAGUGCAAAAUGAUCUCGGGAACAACGGGUUGAAAGAAAUCGUUCGCGACGCUCAACAUUAACGCCAUUCAUGCGUUUCUUCGACGAUAAGCACGCGGGCAGCUUAUUGCUUCUUGCGCUGCCGACCGCAGGAAGUGUAAAUUAACGAUGGAAUCUGACCUACUUGACGGUGCAUAUCGUACAGAUCUGCCGCUCCUUCAAUCUUUUAAAUGAGUUAUAUAAAAUUCAUCCGUCACAGACGCGAGAAGGCAGUCGGAUGUGAUCACUUCCGAGCGCGAUGAAAUGCCGUGGACUCCAUUUAUGUGACGGUUGCACGAGUCUCGUGAAGAUCACGCGUCUCUUUCAGGAAGCUAUCGAAAUUAUUUCACGUGCGCGCGGUGCGAAAUACCUAUAACGAGAAAAAUACUCUUAUUUAUAGGCAGAGAGACCGCAAGAACACAUUUUUUAUCUCUAGUUAUUGAUUGAAAGCUCAACACCAGGAGGAUCAUCUUGUCGAACCGGACGGGCACCUUCCUUAUGUAGCAAGACGUCGGAAUAUGCGAGAAAGCGCCUUAGCCGUGCUGCUAGCAUGGACACUUGCGGCCCAGCAGGGGCUGUGCGGCAAGUUAGAGAAGAUCGCCCAACAACCGAGCAAUAUCUUAGUGGAUUAUUACGCCUAUCGUCACAUCUCGAUCAUCCACUUCAAUGUACCCGAGCGUACCGUCGCGGUCGCCUUCAAAUUCAUGGCGAAAGAAGAGAAGACUGGCGGGAUAGGUAGAUGCUCACCGGUCAACGUCUCGUUAUAUCUAAAGUCCGCUAGUUUGCCGUUCGUCUCUCCCGAUGGUUCGAAGGUGGCCGCGAAGCUGAUGGAGACGAAGAAUCGUCGACGACAUUACAGCCUGGAGAUGCAGAGCAACGGCGAGCAAUACAUGAUCAAGAUAGAGGCUCCGUCAGCGGGUGACUGGUACGCGAUCGCCUUCCGAUCCUGGACCGAUCCUGAGGAAGGCAAGAUCAAGCAGCAAGGUAUCAGCGUGUCCUGUGAGACCGUGAUGGACGCCGAAAUGUUCGUGGAGAUGCCAGCUACGACGUUCUUGGUGGAUCCUGAGAUCAAGUAUAAGGUACAGCUAGACGAGACCUCUGACACGACGAUAGUGCAGUAUCUUGUGCCGGACGUCGGCCUCGAGGAAAUGAGCCUGUUUCUCAAAUCGUCCUGCGGCGAGGACUGCAACAUUGCUGUCCACAUCACGGCAGAGGAUAAUCUCGCCGGUAGCCUGUUCAACUCCACGGAGAAGUCACUCUCUUUCAAGCCCUACCCAGGCGAUUUCCACUAUGUGACCCUUCGUCUACUAUCGGGAAACGCGUCGAACGUGACGCUGCAACUGCCAACGAGUCGUCAAACGGACAUCGGGGUCGAUCAGGUGACGCCGGUGGUAUUGUCGAGAAAAUCCUUCCCCGAAUUCUUCCUCUUCGAUUACGAACAUCUGCGCGGCAACGACACGAAGCCCCAGCCCUUCAACGUGACCGCCGACGCUCUCUCCGUCCUUAGCUUCGAGAUCGGCCGGGUGUACGAUGUCGGCGGCACGGUCACUCUGGGCUUUAAGCUGGUCGACGUGGAUGAGAAAUACAAGAAGAACAUCGUCCUCGUGGCCUGCGUUUCCUUAGGAUACUACUUGAACAUUACCUCGGGCGGUGCCUGCGUCCGUGCGCAGGGUCUCACGACGGCGGACGUGUAUGUGAAUGCGACCGAGCCAGCUUACGUGCAUGUGCCUUUCCCCGAAGCGGGCACUUGGUACGUCAGCCUGCGUGUCUUCUGUCCCGAAGAAGAGGAGAAGAAGACGAUCAGCGCUGACAGCGGCGCCAACAUUAGCAGCAGCACCACCUCUUGUUCCUGCGGUCGCACUUGUCUGCAGGGCGAUGUUGCAUGCGAGAGCUGUGACUGCCUGUCGCGCUGCACUGCCGUCCGGGUGGAGAGCGUCGUGUCAUCGUCGCCGUGCGUCGAGGGUCGUUGCGGUGGUCAUGGCAAGUGCAUGCAUUAUAUGAGCGGCGGCUUCGUCUUCUCGGCGUGCCACUGCACCGGCGGUUAUCGCGGUUUCGACUGUGCGGACGACACGUACGUUCUCAGUACCAGCGGCAUACUUCUGCAGCUGCUCGCCCUCACGUUCAGUAACUUCGCCUUCCUCGGCUCGAUCUACGUGGCGAUACGACGCGAGUACUUCACCGAAGCGGUUGCCUACUUUGCGGUCAUGUUUUUCUCCACAUUCUAUCAUGCCUGCGAGGCCGGGGAGGAGAUCUACAGUGUGUGCAUCAUGCGGUUGAGCGUGCUGCAGUUCUGCGACUUUUUCAACGCGCUGCUCGCUAUCUGGGUGACUCUGGUGGCGAUGGCGUCGUUCGGGCCUCGAUUGACUGCUUUCUGUCAGGUAACCGGAGCGAUUGUGCUGGCGAUGGGCGCCGAGAUGGACCGCACUGCGCUCUGGGUAUUCCUGCUACCGGCCGUCACUGGUUCCGCCUUGAUUGGACUGUCCUGGGGACUUAGAUGCAGGAGAAGGCGCACCAUCAAAUAUCCCUCGCGUCCGUAUAGGACUAUCUACUUCCCAGCCGGAGUUCUUCUCGUCUUUCUGGGCCUCAUUUGUUACGCGUUCCUGCAAACACGCAGGAAUUAUUAUCUCGUUCACAGUAUGUGGCAUAUCUGUGUCGCAAUAGGAGUUAUUUUACUUCUUCCGAAGCGCAAGUACAUGAAGUGAUGGUCAAAGAACGACGUAUGCGUCCAGGAGAGAUUCGAGGAGACCGGAGAUAGUAUCAGAAGCUAAGAGAUGUGAUAGUAGGCAACCAAAGAGACAUCAGGGAAAUUAUUACAAUACAAACAAAUAGAUAUCAUUGACGAAUCGAUUUUUGUACGAAAGGAAUCACAAGCGCCGGUUUUAAUUAGCAUCUUCUACGUAAAGACAUCUUGAAAACUGCCAUAUCUUGAAGAUAUCUUAAGAAAGAAUUAUUUAUAAUCUUUCGAUUAAAACAUAAAUUAUUCUUCUUUUACUUAUAAAGAAGCUUUCUCGGCUUUAUCGUAAAGAUGCGUGCGAUUCGCUUCGUAGAAAAGUUGUUCGAUCGAUCGAAUUCGGCACUUACGCAUAUAUUAUAAAUAUGUAUAUCAGAGACAUUAUUCUUCUAAAAAGCAUCGGCAGUAUAUAGAUACGAGAGUGUUCCGAAGACGGAAUUAACUCGGCGAGAUCGAUCAAUGAUACAUUUAGCAAUAAGAUGCGAUACAUAAAGCAAAUUUAACGACAGUAUUACAUCAAGGUAAGUCGCCCGUGAAAGAAAUUUUGCUCAUUUUAAUAAGCAUUAAGGAAACUGAAGAAAGUGUGACAUCGACUUUAAGAUGUUUUUGUUCUUCAUUUAGCUUUCAACAGAAUUAAAUCCAUAUUGAAUGUAAAUAUUGAAGUUUGAGAGUCACGAAAAUAUCGGAAGAGAAUAAUUAUCAUAAUUAUUGCUGAAAUUGAUGUUGGAUUUUAUAAAGUUGUUUAUUAUUCCGCGAAGCAUUUUCGAAAUGCACUUUGACAUUCCGAGAAAUUUAUUGAUCGCACGAAUAUAGAAUAUAUCGCUAUACUUUGUUAAUUCAGUCGCGACCUGUUUGUAAGGACCAAUUCUAAGAUACGUAAAAUGUUGGAAACGUUAUGAAAGAAUCAAGAAUAUCUUCGUGCGAAUGGUGCUCUUUUAUUCAUACGAAUGUUUCCUGCUAUCCUUAGUCUUUUAUUAAUGAUAGCACUAUUGUUGUAGCACUAUCGUAACACUAUUAAUUUAUAAUUACUGCGUACUGAUAGCAUCCUUUUUCGAUAUCAUUUUGACGACAAAUGCGUUCUUACAAGAGCAUGCCAUAUUCAACAAGUAUACAUUCCUCAUUGCUCUUUUCUUAUGUAGAAGGCUUUAAAUUUUAAUUCAUCUUUCUAUUGAACAUGAAAAUAAUUUAAUCUUCAUCUAUAUUAAUGAAGAUAAUACGAGCAUAGAAAUGUAAUUUUAAGAAACCAGCCCUUUUUUUCUAGGAAUCAAUACCUCGCACACGAACGUCCUGCUCCAAGAAUAAUACUCGAAAGUGAAUGAAAAAGUAAAAAGAUACAUGUCUCUUAUAUUUUAUAACUGACAAGUAACGUAUAUCUAUAGUACAUACAUAUAGAAAUUAUAUUCUUCUACGUAAAGCACAUGUUACAGGACAUGUUUUAAAAAACAGAUUUAGGACCUGUUGUCUCAACUUUUGCACUAAUAUUUCCGCCCCUGCCAGAUAUUAUAAAUAAUCCACACACAAAUGUUCUCUCUUUUAACUGUGCGCUUUAACUUUCUAGCCAAUAAUAACGUCUAGAUAGGAAGAUAAUGCUCAAAGCGGAGUCAUUUUUUUCAAGUUGCCUUGCACCGUGACAAGAGCGGAAAAGCGAAAUAAGUAGGAAACCGGCGUGUCUUUACUUUUCGAUUCAUCCUCGCGUCUGUGUAUGCAUGCUGUGUUGUCCGAGGGAGAGUAACGCAUAUACAUAUAUAAGUAAAUACAACAUCGUCACGGGCAGUGCCUGUACUGAUUGUUGACACGUGUUAAGCGCGAUGCGCCGCGACCGUAUCGCGACUCUAGUCGAUUCUAUUUUCCUCAACGUGAAAGCCAUUUAGACUAUAUAACAUUUUCUACAUAUAGCCGAAGAGAGAAAGAAGAGUGUGUCACGCUGAGCGCACGUGAGUGCACGGGGGUUUUGUCGAGAAGGAUUUCACUUUUGUUAAUUUACAAACGUACACAGACACCCAAAACACAGAUGUAAUUCUCUACGAAAUAAAGAUGAAAUUAUCGUUA